UAUACACACACUCACCCACACAACUGUACAUGCAAACAUAUAGCCAGCUCAAUGCACAUACGCACGCGGAGCCAAGUACUAACCACCUGAAAUCUUUUUAGUUUGUUCCAGCGGGCCGUGGGGACGGGAAAUAGGGACAGCCUAAAAGGAGAAGCUACAGCUCUGAGCCUACUUCGGAGGGGGGUGGGGGGGACGGAUGGGGGAGGGGGGGAAUCCCCAGUGCGGACUUUUAUAACUGAGGUGGUUGAGUGUUUUAAUUAAGUCCCCUCCAUCACCAGCCCCCUCCCCUCCCCUCCGCAGCUCCCAGGCCUGAGAGAUAGACUUCGCCAGGGCGCGCGCGCACUCACUCACCCAGACGCGCACACACUCUCACAGACACGCUCCGAGAAGAGUCACCGAGAGACAAGCAGCUUUGGCGGCGCCGGCGCAGAGGUGGAGGGGAAACUUGGGUGAAGUUAGUUGUGGCAAGUCCCCGGCAAGGCAGCGCGAGAGAGUGAAAAAGGAGGGACUCGAAGCUUGGAUUCCUCCGGACUGGGCGCGGCGCCCUGCUCCAGAACAACUGCGGGAGUCCGGGAAUUGGCGGUGCUUCCAAGGCGAGGAGCAGCAGCAAAGAAAGAAAGCGUGAAACCCCAGUCUCCUGUUGGAAGUGGGACGCGGGGUCUUUCUGGGGGCAGGUAACCGAGGAGGUGAGAGAGUGAGAGUGGAACGGAAAGACCGACUCCCAACUUCUUACCCCCAGGGAGCGAAGCAACCUAGCCAGCAUGUCCGGAGAGAAAGCAAACAGCGGCGCCUUUCCCAAGGAAGAGAAUUUAAUGUGAGAUCCCGCCAAAGAGCGAUCCCCGUUCUCCUGGCCGAAGCUCUCUUCUAUCUUUCUUUCUCUUCCUCAUUCCCCCAUCCCAUCCCAUAGCCCGGAGACCGAAAGAGGUAGCAGCUGCCUCAGCUUUGAGCGGUGGGACUGAAAGCGGACAGCUCCCUCCACUUUCCAGCCUGCUGGCCCUGGGACUACUCAGGAUUUUAGGUUCCUUUUUACCCAUCCCCUGUGGUAGAAGAGGGCUGACCGUGACUAUUUUGUUUUUAUUUGUAUACUUAUUGCUGAGGUCUGCUUUGGAGUGGCAAGCCAAGACUUAACUGGGCUGCCCUUGACAUCCACCCACCCACACACACCGUGCCGCCUCCCACACCCAGCAUCCUCAUCGGCUGCUGUCAAAUGAGAAAGCCAACGAGAAAGACCCCAACACUUCUGAAGCAGAAAGCCCCCAUUUGGCAUUUUCCUAUUCUCAGCCGCGGUAAUAGCCACUGAACUUCGUGGAGAUUUCCAGGGCGCAACUUUCGUAGCUGAUUUUAAAGAAAGAAAAAAGAUUAAAGAGGGGUGAAAAAAAUCAGUGCCCAACGGCAGGCACCAGCGAAGAACGAAGAAAAACGACUAGCGAGAACAAAACGAAAGUUGCACCACCUCGAGGUGGGGGACUAUCUGAUAAAUUAUCACUCCUGGGAGGAUAUAUUCCAGACAGCUUGGUCCCGAGUCAGGGGGACCUCUGGGGCCGCGGAGCAGUGUCUCUGGUUUGGGAUCCCUCCUCCCCUUGCUUCUCCCCUCCUUCUCCUCCUGGACCCGGGAGCCACCGGGCCGAGAAGGUCAUCGAAGUUUCCCGCUGCUACAGCGCCUGGUCUGGUUUCACUCGAACAGCCAACAUUGAUUUUCUCCGGGCCGAGGGCGGAGGCGGCGGGGGCGAGGGACCCGGCGGCGGCAGCGGCAGCAGCCGGCAGUGCGGGGGGGCCGGCUGCGGGCUGCAGCCGCUGCAGGCGGAGAGCAUGUCCAAGCCGGUGGACCACGUCAAGCGGCCCAUGAACGCCUUCAUGGUGUGGUCCCGGGCCCAGCGGCGCAAAAUGGCCCAGGAGAACCCCAAGAUGCACAACUCAGAAAUUAGCAAGCGGCUGGGAGCGGAGUGGAAACUGCUCACGGAGUCGGAGAAGCGACCCUUCAUAGAUGAGGCGAAGCGCUUGCGGGCCAUGCACAUGAAGGAGCAUCCCGACUACAAGUACCGACCGCGCCGAAAGCCCAAGACCCUGCUCAAAAAGGACAAGUUCGCCUUCCCCGUGCCCUACGGCCUGGGUGGUGUGGGGGACCCGGAGCACCACGGGCUGAAGGCGGGGGGCGGGCUGCACGGGGGCGCCGGGGGUGGGUUAGUACCCGAGUCCUUGCUCGCCAACCCGGAGAAAGCCGCGGCCGCCGCGGCCGCAGCCGCCGCGCGCGUUUUCUUCCCUCAGUCUGCCGCAGCAGCUGCAGCGGCUGCGGCCGCCGCAGCCAGCAGCCCCUACUCUUUGCUGGACCUGGGCUCUAAAAUGGCAGAGAUCUCCUCGUCCUCCUCGGGGCUCCCCUAUGCGUCCUCGCUGGGCUACCCGACGGCCGGCGCCGGUGCCUUCCACGGGGCCGCAGCCGCAGCUGCAGCAGCCGCCGCCGCCGCCGGGGGGCACACGCACUCGCACCCUAGCCCCGGCAACCCGGGCUACAUGAUCCCGUGCAACUGCAGCGCCUGGCCAAGCCCGGGACUCCAGCCGCCUCUCGCCUACAUCCUGUUGCCUGGCAUGGGCAAACCUCAGCUGGACCCUUACCCUGCAGCCUACGCCGCGGCGUUAUGACCCAGCGCGGGGUGCAGCAGCAGCUACAAACGUGGAGGAACAUCAAUCUUGGGACCAACUGUCCAGAUUUUAAGAUUAACUUCUGAGUUUGAGAAGUCUGGAGGUCCUGGGCCUAGUGGACAGAGGACGAGUGCCCUGUGCUCACUCCAGUGUUCUUGAAGCAGAAGACCCCCAAUAAGAGGAUGAGUCCUUCAACCACCUUAUCAGAAGACAUCUACCAUGAAAAGAAAAGUGCAGAGCCAAGGUGAAAUGUAAAAUGGAUGUUUAUGAGUUCCUGUUUUCUAUUUGGUAUUUCUUUUGUGUGUAGAAAAUAAAUACCUAUCAAAUAUC